UAUGAUAAUAAAGAAAGCUUAAAGUUUACUUUCCGUGGUUCUUGAAAUCAUUGAAACAUCGACUUCAAAGUAGAACGCGAUGAAGAAAAAAUAUGCUAUUUUGAUCUUAUUCUUCGCAAUAACAUUUAUAUUACAAACUAACUUGGUUGACACCGAAUACGCGAACUGUCAAAAUCAACAGUUUUCAUUCAUCGAUGACAAGUGCAUAGUCACUAGAGCAGACGGUACCGAGAUCGUCUGCCAAAAAGAAAUUCUCAACACAAGCCUUAGAAUAACUAUCAAAGUCAAGAAGUGUGAUGCUCCUAUCGCUCUUGAUGUCAGUAUUGAGGCUUCAGGAUAUGAAGGGUUUGAACAGUUCACCUCAAGCCAGAUGUCACGUGACAUACGUCACUUGGGGGACCAGAACACCAAACUGAGGCUGAGAGUAUCGUUAGACAAUACUACAACGAGAAUUGGACUCAAGAUUAAUAUGAUCACUGGAUAUGUACGACAUGGGGCAUUCAACAUCAGCUCAUCAACUCCUCUUGUUUACGGCGGCUUGAAGCGCACUGUAAAUGAAUGCGCUCCUUCGAUCAAAAGAGGAAAUGAUAUUCUUAGCGGCGGAGAGAUAGCAGGGGUAGUUGUAGGAUGUAUGAUUGGAUUUGUCCUGUUGUGCGUCCUAUGCUUCUGGCUUGUUUCGUUCUCUAUCUCAGGAAUUUUUUGUAAUGAACUUGAUGGCGGUGUUUAAGGCCUUAAAAAAUGGUCCAACCUGUUAAUCGAGUCAAACUAGAUUUUCUUGAUUUUGGUGUUGGGUAAUUAUAACUUUCCUUAGUACAACUAAACUAUGGAUUAAACGCUACUCAAUUUUGGUCAGCGGUACGCCGAAAUGAUUGAAUUUGAUUGGCUGAAAACAUUAAGCCAUUACCAGCAAUGUUACAGGUCGUGAAACUAGGUAUAGUUGGAGGCACAUUCUAUUUCAUGUCAUCACAAGCCUACAGCAAACUUAACUUCAGGUAAAAGAGCCUUUAUGAUAGCUCUUACCUGAUAGGAAUAAGAUUGCAACAUCGUUAAUUAGCCUCAAGAAUCUUUUAAUAUAUAUUUUUUCAAAUUAGUAUCAUUUUAACUAUCAUAUUUAUGACAUUUAUGACAUUAUGACUAUGUUUUUUAUCAAUAUUAUUAGUUUAUGUAAAUAGGAUGUAGUUUCAAUAUUUUAGAUUUUAUAUUGUAAAUUUUUUGUAGUACACAAGGCCCCUCUGGAUACCAGCCAAGUUGCGGAUUGGGCUAAAGUUUUCCUAACUUUAAAUAAAGUUUACCUAACUUUAAAUAAAGUUUACCUUAAUUACUUUACCGGCGGGUCUUUAGUCAAUUAAAGGUAAUAUGAAGACACGUCUACGACACGAGUGAAAAACGUCUGCGCAUGCUCUGAAUCCGUAUGCAAAUUAGUCAAAACAUAAGUAAACUUGACUUUCAA